AUGGGAAGAUCACCUUGUUGUGACAAGAAUGGAGUGAAGAAGGGACCAUGGACGCCUGAGGAGGAUCAGAAACUCAUCGAUUAUAUUCGAUUUCAUGGUCCGGGCAAUUGGCGUAUUCUCCCUAAAAAUGCUGGACUCCAAAGGUGCGGAAAAAGCUGUCGUCUUCGAUGGACCAAUUAUCUAAGACCGGACAUAAAGAGAGGAAGAUUCACCUUCGAGGAAGAAGAAAGUAUCAUUCAGUUGCACAGCGUUAUGGGAAACAAGUGGUCCGCAAUAGCAGCUCGUCUACCAGGAAGGACCGAUAACGAAAUAAAAAACUAUUGGAACACUCAUAUCCGUAAGAGACUCGUAAGGAGUGGCAUCGACCCUGUGACUCACUCCCCACGCCUUGAUCUUCUUGAUUUGUCCUCACUUUUAGCCGCAAUUUUCAAUCAACCAAACUUAGCAUCAGUUGCAACUCAUGCGUCGUCUCUGCUUAAUCCUGAUAUAUUGAGGUUGGCCUCUCUACUCAUGCCCCCUCAACAAGCACUUCAAAACCCUAAUCCAUUUUACGCAUCGAACCUGGACCAAGAGCUUCAAACUCCGGUUACAUCAGUUUCGUCUCAACCACAAACCGAGAGUAUAACCCCGACAGAUAAUGAAACUUCAUCUUUCAAGCCUGUGAACGCAACACUCGAUGAAAGUUUACCACCUCUGAAGGAUAAUUUGGACUUAGACUCACUCUUGUCGACGCCAAAUUCUUCUCCACAACAAAAUAGCAUCGACGCAGAAGCCAACUCCAGCGGUUUCUUCGACUUUGGUUUUCCGGACAAUUUCAUCUUUGAUGACUUUAUGUUCACCUAA